AUGUUCAGAUCACUAAGCAGCAAGAACUCGGCAUCCUCGUCCAAACGAAACAAGACGGUUCAAUCGAGUCGCCGGACCGAAUCCGUAGCAUCUUCGUCUACGCAUCGCAAACACUCUCGCAAUGAUGAACGCACUUCCAAGAAUGACCGAAAGCCAACAUCCACCCAACCUCCCGUAGAUGGCUCCUCUAGUCUCUCCACCUACUAUACCACUUCUGACCGACUUGACCAACUCGAACCUCGAUCUUUGACGGAGGAGGCGAUCAGGAGCCUUGGUAUGCAAGAUGAUGAAUGGAGAGACACAUACUCGCACGCAGAUGACUUGCCUUCGGGACCUGGGCAUGCAGACAAGAGGGAACGCUUUGGCCAUAAGUACAAGAACGACACAGGUCGGCGGUCCGACGAAGAUCUGGAUUACCACUCUCCAACUGGAGAAACCAUGCCAGAUGAGCGCUUGGUACCUCGAGGAGAGUAUGCACAGAACUCGUUUGGUACAUCUUCUCGUGUGCAAGACCAGUUCCCUGGUCAAGAUCCCUCUACAUUCGCACGUUCAGCGUUCACUUCUGCUACGACUCAAGGGGUUGUGGCUGGAGGCGCUGCUGCUGAGUACUACUCACAGGUUUCGAUGCAGCCUCAUGAGACUGGAAGCCAAAAUAUGCCCUCGCAAGCCUUUGCCGCCUCACACAAGACAUCGAAUCGUCCUACAGGACAAUUUGAACCUUUGAUGUCUAACGGCUCUGCCUAUCCUAAUAACUCGUACACUACUGCUCCUGCUGAUGUCCCGUACAACGACAAUGCCGCAAAUCAAAACUAUACAUACAGUCAACCGCAAGGUCCAACCGAGCAUCUCUUGCAGGGACACACUAGCUCAUACGGAGUCCAACACCAGCACCCUCAGUCCGUACCUUCUGCAACAGCCUAUACUGAUACCUCCUACACAACACCUGUGCCCAGUCAAGUUCAAGGACACGGUAAGCACGCCUCGACGGGCCAGAACUUGGCACAUGUCGCAGCCGCAGAAGCUGCGGUAGCAGAUGCUCAUAGCCAACAUCAUCAUACGAUGCAUCAGUACACUCACUCGGCUCCUAAUGGUCAUGACAACAGCCACGAUGAGACGCACGGGUACUCUCCUCCAAGGCCGUAUACUUCCGGAGCCAUGGCGAUGCAACACAAGCACAAAGGUUCGAUAAGCAAAUUUGUGGACUGGUGGAAGGACUAUGAAGACGUUCGCAAGAUGGAAGAGUAUACUGAGUACAUUGGCGUGUGCAAGUAUUGCUUUGACCCUCGCUCUACCGCUACAGACGCACCCAGGAAGCAUAACAGUGGAGGCAGACGUUCAUCUGAUUCAUUGCGAAGACGCUCUAGAGAAUCUCUCCGCCGAACUCACACGAACGGAUCGGACUAUGGCAGAGUAGACAAGGAUGCGAGAUACCACUCGUCCGACAGUGAGCGCCGUAGCAAGAGAACUAGUUGGCUAGGAGCUGGUGUUGCUGCAUACGGUCUAUCGAAAGUUGGAAAGUCGUUGUGGCAAAAUUCUCGUGAUUUCGACGACACUUAUAGUGUCAAAUCAGGGAGAAAGAGCGAGGUCUCUAGGAAUGGCAGUCGCAGGGGUAAGAAUUACUCCUCCGGUCUUGACAGCAGAUCAGAGCGCACUGAAGAUCGUAGAGGUGAACAUGAUAGCUUCGACGAACGGCUCAAAGCUGGGAUGUACAACCUUUACAGACCGGAAAACUUGAGCUCGGACGUAAGAGUCACCGAAGAUGGUCGAUACGGUACUGCCAAGUCAGGCUCGGCGACCGCGGGAGGCUCGCAACAUACCGAAGACCAGAUCCAUGUUCGUCAUCCUAGUCCCGGAGCUGGACAUAUCUCCCGACAUGCGGCAUACCGCAAAGGAUACAAAAGCCGAUCAAGAAGUCAGAGUCCUUCUCUGGCUCAGAUUCUGGGACUGACCAGCUCACACAGACGCACAUCAGCAAAAGCUUCUCGCUCCUCCUCACUGCAGCAGGAUAGCAUGUUUACCAAUUUCCUUUCCAAGCCGUCAAACAGGAGUAAGCCCAAGCAAAGUACCAAGAAGGGGUUCUUCAAUUUUGCCAACUCGUCCUCAUCAUCUUCCAACCCCGACCUGGCAUUUGGUGUCUGGCCUACCAAUAAUGGCAAAUCGACCAAGAAGCUUCCUCGCAAAAGCUCUGACGAGUAUCUCAAGGCAACUCUGUUAGGCAUCGGUGCCACUGCGGCUGCCCUUAGCGCCGUGCAGCGAAGUAGACUCACGAGCAAGAAGGCAGAUACCUCGCGACUACGCAAUAGAGAUCACCUUCAUGCAACACAGCGAAGCAAGCAAAACAGCGGUGAGGAGGAUGGCUGGGAAUCAGCUACUGAUCACGAGAGUGGUUCCUCUGGCCUUGCGUUUGGUGACUUCGAAAGUGGCAUAAGGAGACCUCGAAGACAACGCAGCUCCGAAUCUAUCACAUCUCAGAGCUCCGGCACUGACAAAUGGAGCUGGCGUUGGCGUCGAGAGGCAGACAAGAGAGAAGUCACCAAAGAUGUGUCACAGACCAACCGCAGCCAUAUCGGUAGAGAUUUGAGCCUUGCCACAUCGCAACCACUGCGAUAUAUGGCCCCGGCUCCGAUCUCUAGCCCGAUGCAUUCUGAUGUUCGUGGAUCACCAUCUAUGCCCGGUGUAUACCCAGAACAAUCAUACAAUGUCAACGGCACACCGAUACAGCAACCGCAGCCCAUGAUGCCUCUACGAUCUAGCAUAUUUGGAACCCAGACUCCGCCUGAUACCUCUCACAACGAUCAAUAUAGCCCUCGAGUCUCUGCGUGCCCUACUAUUCCUACAGAGCUGAGACGCACCCAGUCGAGUCCUGUCUCGAAUAACACUAUGCGCAACGCUGCAAUAGCUGGAAUAGCAGGUGCGGCUGCUGCUGGAAUUCUUGCAAAUGGCAAGGGCAGAACUAGAGACGAUAGUCCUAGUAAUGUCCGUUUCGAACUCACUGAAAAGCAAGCCAAGAAAGAGGAACGUCAAUAUCGCAAAGACAACGCUAAAGAGAGCAAAGACCAAGCCAAGGAGGGGGCUAGAGCGAAGAAGGAGCGUGCUCGCCUCGACCGCGAAAGAGCGAUGCAAGAGGACUCGGUCCGAAAGGCUACUGAAGAUGCAAGACACUACGCGGAAGAAGCAGAACGUCAAAGAUACAUCGCCGAGCAGACUCAGCAGCAACAAACUCGAAUGCGAGAGGCAGCGGCUGCUGAAGCAUUGGUGCGAGAAGCGUACCGCCGGAGGAGAGAAGAGACCAGGGAGUUCAUGCAGAACGCACUUGCCGAACAAGCUUGUGAGGCCGAACAGAAGAAGCAGCGCGAGGCUUGGCAAGCUCAGCAGAUGGCAGGUGCGAGACAGGAAAACGUUUCUACGAGCAUGCCCUAUGCUACUCGUUCUUACGAGCCGUCCAACGAACAUAGUGGUCAGCCUCUCAUGGACGACGACCUCAUCGACCCAGAGUUCUUCACCCGUAGGCGUAGUCACAGCGAUCUAGCUCGACACGAAGAGCUCGCUAAGAAAGCAGCUGCCAAGAUCGUCGCUGAUCUUGAGGAUAAGUACAGAAGUCCUGCACCAUCCCAGGCUGAGUUCUUCGCGCCGAGAGAGCUUUUCGAACCAUCAAAAGGCAAGACUAAAGUCCAUGGACCGAUAGACGACAACGACUUCCAGGUCUACCACAUGUCAGAAGACCAGCUUGCAUCUAUGCCCAGCGAGCCACCACCACCAUACCAGCCAUCGUAUCAAUUUGCCAAUAUGCGAGACAAAAAAGGACCAGCACCGUGGGACAUUCCCAAGCUCAAUGUGAUUGCGCCUACACCUCCUGCAAGCUACGCGGGAUCGGCCAAGGAUGACAAGUCACCGAUCAGUGCCUCAGAGAGGAUCACACGCGAAGCUAACGAGAAGUCAAUCGCUGAUGUCGAACUCCAAAAGUCGAGUAAAAUCAGCUGGGGCGAAGAUCAAACUCGUUUCUACGAGAUAACCACUCCUGAGUCGUCUCAAGAGCACGUCGUUCUGCCUGAUGGACUGCCUCAAAAGGUGUCAGUUCAAGCAAAAGCCCAACAUAGUCCUACCAGUCACACUUCAAAUCUGGAUAUGGAUGGGGCCGAUCAUCUCAUUGAAGAGAUCACUCGACAACCUCCAUGUGCAUCCGCCGAACGCUUCUACCAACAACCAUUUGUUGAGAGCGUUGACGAUAUUGCUUUCACUAUGGACUCGCCUGGUACAGAAGGUGCACCACCCGUACAAGGCUUCGUCGAAGGUGAAAUCGAUGAUGCGACUGAACAAGAUGACCAGAUGCCUCAUAUUCCUGGCGGCUUCGAUGACAUGACUCCAGAGCCUCAAUCCGAAGACAUGCUUGACAGUGCGGUGCAAAAUUUGAGACGUCAAAUUAUGCAAGAACAACAAUCCCCACCAAUCAUCGAGCAAGACCAGGAUGAUUACUUCAUGACCAAGAAGCAGAGAAGGCGACGAGACAAGGAAGCAAGGAGAGCAUCCCUCGUGGAAGACCAGCGAUCGCCAGUCGAUAACCAAAGUGAUUCAUCACGUAUGCAUCAGCCUCGUUCCAGCUCGGAAGAACGUGACGUUGUACCAGGAGCAUACGUUUCAACCCCAGGAUCUGAACCACUACAAAAUCGCAAGCAUAAUGAGCAAUCUUCACGCUACGAAGAGGUCGAUGCAUUGAUUGGUGCUGCAGCGGCAGUAGGAGCCCUCGUGCACAACGCUAGGUCUCGAUCGCCAACCAGGAGAAAGAGUGAGCCAGAGGAUUUCGACCGUCAGCGUGCACAUUCUUCACACUCAGAACCUCGAGACACUGUUUCGCAAUCCACACCUACAUCGCCAGUUUACGAGCGUCGACCAUCUCUUCCCAGCCAUGCCUUUGACGAUCUUGACAUGCUCCCUGGUAGCAAGAAACCUAAGAAGUCUAAGAGAAACAGUCUGCUCAACUAUCCCGCUAUCGGGUCUCCGCUUCGGUCAGCCAUGACUUGGGAUGACCAUAUCGAACUCAUGGAUGUCAGGGAGUAUGACCAAUCUGCUCAGACGCAAUCAAAUAAUGCUGACUACGAUAAUGGACACUCUCUCGACGACACGGAGGUAGAGUUGAGAAGAAACCUCACCUCGCCCGAGUCUGAGCGUGGCGCUGCAUCCAUCGUCUCUGCACCUGCUGGUGACGAAGACAGUGGUAGAAGACGCAAGCAUAGAAAGCCGCACCGCGAACGUGAGAAGUCCGCCUCACCUCGCAGAAGUAUAUCGGUCGCAGCGUCAGAACCGUAUGAAAGCUCUCGUAAGCACAAACGGCGAUCACAUCGUGACGAUGCCGAUCUUGAUGAUGCAUCCUCAAUCCGCUCUCGUAGUUCUCACAGCUCCAGGAGGGACGAAGAAGAAGGCAAAGGCAAGAAGAAGGGUGGCAUUCUUAGCCUCUUCCGUCGUAAGACAUCGGAUGAUGUUGUCGGUAGUGAGCAGAAACGUGCCAAUGGUGACGAAGAACGUUCCAAGUAUCACCGUCGCCGCCAUAGCUCCGAGCACGCCAAUGGUGAAUUCGCCAAGCGCAGGGACUCGCCUUCCAGAUCUAAUUCUUAUGUCGAAAGAGACGACGCUUUCUCUAGACACUCGAGCAGUCCUCGACAUCGGCGCAAAAAUCAUCGUGAUGAAAGUGUAGAUGAUGUCGACGUCGCUUCCCAAACCUCAGAGUCCAGGCGCCACCACAAGCAUCGUAGUCGAGAUCAGAGCCAGUCUCCAGAGAAGGAGUUCGAUGACACUAGAUCUCAAACCUCGGAAUCGAGGAGGAAGCAUAGGCAUCGAGAACGCGAUCUGGACUUGGACGUUAGGAGGUCGCUAUCGCGAGACAGUAAGACCACAAAGGACGAAGACAAGUCUUUUUUAGUGGAUCGGGUAGAGGAUGAGGAGUCCGUACCUCUACCCGAGGAUGAUUCCCUAUCAUCAUCUCAGGCUUCAGAGUCAAUCGAACAUCUACAGGGAUUUAUCGCGUCACCGGUGCAUGACAAGAUGGAAACAACAGAGCAAGUCGAUGACUCGACACUAUCGCCAAUGGUCACUGAUGAGCCGGUGGACUUCAUGGAGGGUACUGUCCCGGAAGAUCCAGAUGUGCCAACGCAAGGAGUUGAAGCCAGAUCUGAUUCAUUGCCAUCUGAAGCGCUGUCACCGCCCAGCAAGCACAUGACACCGGCAAGACCUAUCGUUCCCUUACGCAUCAGCUCCUCCACAGCUGUCCCAUUACGAUUUCGUCGUCCACCAACAUCGCCAAGUCUCCCAAAAGAACGGUCGGCCAGCUUCAGCUCUUCGAUUGCACAAUCACCAUCAUCACCGAUAACGCCGAAAGCGAAGAGACCUCUAUCCUCAGAAUUAAUGCACUCAACUGAGUUCAGACCACUGUACCUACUCGAGCGCACACGUAAGCCCCAAACUCAAGAAUCUGAACAGGAUCUACCAAGUCUGCCUCCAAGUCGUAGCACGAGCUCAUCCAGUCUCCAGAGCAGUGAAGACUGGCAGUCGGCGGCCGAAGACUUUGACCCGAGCGAACACGAUAAUCUGAGUCCCCCCAACUAUGACCAGUCGCAAACUGAAGAGCCUGAAGAUGUCUUGGGGUCUGCGCAAACCACACCCAAAGCGACUGAGUUUCCGAAGCACAUACUGGACCAUCGUCCUCAUUUGGAACCAGAGUACUACUCAUGGAGCGAUAUGGAACGUGAGGAACAUCUACGCCAGGAGAAUGAGAGAGACCGCCACAACGACUUAGUAGAAGAGCAAACUGCUACUGGUGAUGAAGUUCGUUCUGGUAUAAUCUCUGACGAUGCAAUUGUCGAAUCACACAUGGAUCCAGAAGUAGUCGUCAAUCAAGAUCCAAUGACGACCGACGUGUGGGGUGAAUUGAGCGACGAAGAGCUUUCUCGCACCAAAGCGGGUGUUCGCGAAGAGCCCGAAAAGCCUGUAUUGCAACUACAGGAGCCGGAAUUUGAAGCAAGCUUUAUAUCCCCAGCCAAGAAGCGCAAGAACAAGAAGGCAGCUAAGCUGGGAACCUCUUCCGUUUCGACACUCACUAGCCCGAUUCGCGAAACACCCGCAGAACUUGCAAGAAGAAGGGAAAAGGACGCACAAGAUGCUGUUGAUACUUGGUUCCAGCCAGUCGAUGGAUCAAGAGAAGCAGCUGUUGUAGAUGAAGUCGAUGCAAGCCUUGUGCCUUUGCCAGAAUCCUCAACUCCGACCGAAGCGAACAGCAUAGAGAGCGAAUCUCUACCUGCUCCUAUACAAGAGAAUGAAGCUUUAAGACAAGAGCUUGAAUCUACUUCUCCAUUGCUGUCGCGCAAGAAAUCGAAGAAGGGCAAGAAGAAGCAGAAAUCUGUGGUCCUGGAUGAACCAAGUUCUGGAUUCACGUCUAUCGAAAACCCCUCGGAAGCACAGAUGGACUCCGAGAUCGCACCCGAAACUCAAUCUCCUAUGGGGAUUCUGCCCGAGAAUGGAGAGCGGGAAUCUCAAACAGGAACGCCUCCUGAUCCAACAGCUCAUGAACAUCGCCUCAACACUGAGGAUUCAAAAACAAAUGUCUCGAUUGAUAUCCCAGACGAGGUCCCUACACUAGUUGGUCCAGAGCAGUCUCAAUAUGACAAACAGCUUGAAGAACCAGAUUACACAACGUCCAAGGCAGAACGCAAGAAGCAGAAAAAGAAGGCAAAGAAGGCAGCACUUUCAAUUGCAGUCCCUGCUGUUGCUGCAGCCGUGUUAGCUGUGUCCGAUCAUGAAGGUCCGGAACAGGGUGACAGGAGUCCGGCUGCAGGACAUGAGUCCACGUUUGUCGAUGACAGAAAAGACGAGAGACCAAUCGAGGGGUCUGUCGACGACUAUGCGAGCUCGGUUCCUGGUACUGCUGAUGAUCAUCCUAGAGAAGUAACUCUGUCCGAAGAAGCUCCUAAACGUGCUGUCUCCACUGUCGAAGCCGAACGAUUUGAAGAACCUGGCGCAAUCGAGCAGCAAGAUGCAGCGGACGAGCCAAUUGAGCUUUCUGAACCCAUCAAAGAGUUGUCCCUUGAAGAAAUUUCACUUCCGGAUGAGACUCGGGACGAAUUAGAUGAACUCGUAGCCAAGAACCCUGUCUCAGAGUCAAGCGUCGAGAGUACACCUCAAGAACAGGCUCAGCGUGUACCCGAAGACGCACUCGAACAGAGACCCCCGAGUUCAGGAAAGACUAAUCAAGAAGCAACAAGCAAAAGGUCGUCUUGGUUCUCCUGGCUGCCAGGCAGUAAGACACAAGAAGCCGAUGAACCGAAGAUUGAGUCCAGGGCGAUCGUCGACUUCCAAAAAGAGUCCGAUGUCCUUAACCAAGAGCCUUUCGAACGUCUUCUUGAGCAGCCAACACAACAUCCCGAGAUUGUCGACGAACCGAACAUU